ACAACAUGUUGCUCGUAUCUUCUUUAGGAAAAAUUUUCAGCUCCUGUGCAAGAAAUGCAUUGCGUCCCAGGAGUUUAACUCGCUUUAUGCAUUCAGAAUCUGGAAAAUGUUUGGUGAAUGAUGUUGAAUUGUAUUAUGAAAAAGUAGGACAAGGUUCAAAAGUCCUGCUCUGUCUGCCAGGGGCAAUGGGCUCCACCAGGACUGACUUUGGCCCGCAACUUGACCAACUGAAAGAGAAGUUUACUGUCGUUGCAUUUGAUCCAAGAGGCUAUGGCAAGUCUAUACCACCAAAGAGAGAUUUUCCACUAGACUUUUAUCACAGAGAUGCUGAUGAUGCAGUUGGACUGAUGGAACAACUGGGUUACAGUAAGUACUCUGUGCUUGGCUGGAGUGAUGGUGGCAUUUUUGGUCUAAUCUUGGCUGGUAAAUAUCCGAGCAAUGUUGACCGUCUUGUUGUGUGGGGAUGCAAUGCAUCAGUGACGAAGGAGGACCUUGAUUUAUAUGAAGCAAUAAGAGAUGUUUCAAAAUGGAACCCAAAGAUGAGACAACCGUUGGAAGACCUGUAUGGUGAUGGGGUGCAAGGUUUAUGGGAUGGUUGGAUUGAUAGUUUGACAAGUAUUUUCAACGAAUGUGAGGGCAAUCUUUGCAAGGAGCUUUUACCAAAAAUAAUUUGCCCUACAUUGAUAAUUCAUGGUGAAAAAGACCCCCUUGUUCCAUCAUUUCAUCCGCAAUAUAUUCAUAAGAAUCUGAAAGGAUCCAUUCUACAUCUCAUGCCUGAAGGACGGCACAAUUUACAUCUAAGAUUUGCUGAAGAAUUUAACAAAUAUGUGACAGAUUUUUGUAAAGAAUAA